AUGUCCUUGCGUCGCUCGCUUCGUGCCCGUACUGGACGGGAUGAUCCACCAAUCAUGGAAUCUAAUGCAAGUGUCAGGUCAACUCGACUCUCUCGUCCUGUCGCAGCUGCUUCGCCGUCAGUGACAGUCGUUCGAACCCCGUCAGAGUCGCCCGAGGGCACAAGACGAUCGAUUUAUCUUACUGUCAAGAUGCCAUCAAACAAGCUUCGUGAAGUAACUAGUCGUAGCUCACGGGACGGCGCAGCCACUAGGCGCUCACACAAUGUCUUUACUGAGAAUCCUAUUAUUACCGGCCCGCGGACUAGUCGGCCCAAGAAGAAACUCGUGGAAGUGAACACGAGCGAUGAGGAUGAUCUUGAAGACCAGGAAGAAGAUGAGAUUGAUGAUGAAGAUGCGCCGGCAGAAGAUGACGACGAUGAGGAUGCUGAUGCCGACGGCGAUGUAGACAUGGAUGAUGCCCCACCACAACCGCCAGUGCCCAAGAGGUAUGCAAAAACCGCUGCGAGCGGUGGAUCCAGGCCGGUAAAGAGUGUUGAAGCGAAAGAAAUGGAACUCGACGAAGAUGAAGAUGACGACGAAGAAGAGCUCUCCGAACCAGAUUCUGAUGCCGAAGGCGAGCCCGAUGAUCAAGACGAGGGUGUGACCAGCAAUGCUCUUGGCGGGGAGGACUUGGAUGAAGAGGAGGAGGAAGAUGACGAAGAUCUCGACAGCGAUGAUGAAACACCUGCUGCUGGGGAUCUCAGCAGAUUGACCAAGCGACAGAGGGGCUCGUUGGGCAAUGACUUUUUGCAACUUCCAAUGGAACCUCAAGUCAAAAAACAUUUGACAGCCGAAGAGCGUGCUAUGCGUCGCGCCGAGAUGGCCCGUCGUCGAAAGAACCUGAGUGAAAAGCGGAAUGAGGAAGAAAAGAUGGAUACUAUUAAUAGGCUACUACGGAAGCAGGCACCAAAACGGCGUGGCCGCAUUCCUGCAGCGGAAGCAGCCGAGGCAGCCUCUGCCGAUCAUGAAAUUGCCGAAGUCGAAAGAGUCGAUCCGACUAUGGUAAGAUGGGUUAGUGGGCAUCAAGGGAGCCGAGUUGGUGUGCCCCAGGAGUGGCUCGGCACUCCAGCAGGACGUAUCUUUGGAGAAGGGCCCAGGAAACUCGUCGAGGAGCUAUAA